CACAUUCAUUUAAUACAUACUCUCAUGUCAGCCUACACAAAGGCUAUUAAAUAAGUAACCUAAUGAGUAAUUUUUUUUGUUCUAGCUUCAAGUUCAUUGUAGGUGUGGGUAUGUUGGUUCAGAGUGAAUAAUGUGGGUUUUUAAGUCUCAAACAGAAUGCAAGUUCGUGGAGAGCUUUAAUAUAUGCAACACUUGUGGUUCAAAGGUCUCCAACUAUUAUGCUAAUUAGAAUAGACUGCUACUUCCAUCCUCCUGGCAACCAAUCAAAAAAAGUAGAGACUGACUCAAGCAUGUGGGAAUAUACAUGCUUUAGAAUACAUCGAUACAUUCAGCAUUGAAAAGGUACCGAAUGUAAAACCCUUCUAUGUCACACUGACACGACUCGAUACGGAGAGAGCGGGAGGACUUGGGAGCUAAGAAACCAUUUCUUUCUCAGAAUUUGGUUCAUUUAUGUGUAAGAGGCUUUCAGCGAGCGGGUGAAUUCAGACUUGAACAAUGGCCAUUCAUAUUGAAGUGGGUGAAUGGAGCUCAGACCCUGAGCUCUGUGGCCUCAACUUAGUGUGUCAAGUCAAAAGUGUCCCACCCCCACUCAUUUUAGACCCUGCAUGGUGGGAAGGACUGUCCCUAAGAUGCUGAAUACUGAGGGUACUUAAUAUAACAAGAAAGAUUAAGUAAUAUACCAGAACUUCUUUUCAAUUUAUUCCUGUUCCUCCGCGAUGGUGCCAUCUGUGGUUUAACCUGCCAACCUUGUGCAGGACUAACUGUCCGUCUCUGUUCAGGGAUUAACCAGCUGCACAGCCCGAGGGGAGGGGCUCGACAUUCCAGCUCUGCACCUCUGUGUGUGUGCGUGUGUGUAGAAAGAGUGAGGGGCCCUUUGAGCUAAUUGGCAGCAAGGGUGACAAAGGUGGUCCACUUCAAAAGAGAAACCCUGGUGAGAUGUUCGCACAGAGGAGGAGGAGGAGGAGGGCAGAAAGGGACUUUACGAGUCCAUGAGUGCCGUUUAGAUGGACCAUUUUGAGGAGAAAAGUGGACGUAAACAGUGGAUGAAGAUGGAGGACAGCAUCAUGUCAUACCUGUCACAGAGUGAGACAGACACCAGUCCAAAAGACUUAAAUGUAGUGGCCAUGCUCCAUAACUUCUGGGAGCAGAAGCAGAUGAGCCAAUCAAAUGGCUCCUCCAGUGAGUCUGAUGGGGAUGCAGACGUCCAGAAAAAGAGCUUGCUGCUAUAUGAAUCUGCUCCUUCCCCUGGUCCCCCAUACGUCUGCUAUGUCACCCUGCCUGGAGGAAGCUGCUUUGGCAACUAUAAGGUGUGCAACAGCCAGGCAGAGGCUCGGAGGGAUGCAGCUCGCGUGGCUCUGAUGAACUCCCUUGUGAAUGAGUUGCCGUGUCGGCGCAUCAGCCCUCAGUUCAUCACUCAGAGUUUGCAGCAGGCAGCCACAAACAGUGCUGUCUCUAUUGAAGACGCAUGUGAUUCAAGCACCAGUAUAGGAACCUAUAGUUUGCUUCUCCACUCCUACAUAGGAAAGACCAUGCUGGAGUUCCAGGAGAUGAUGACAGUUUUUCAGUUGUUACACUGGAACGGGACGCUGAAGGUUCUGAGGGAAAGACGGUGUUCUCGACAGAGUGUGAUCACCUAUUAUUCUCAGCGAGGACUUGAUGAGUACAUGCGCAGCAGCUUGGCUCUGGAUUGGCUUGGACGAGAGCAGAGGUCAUCUGGGCGACUGGGGGAGGAGCUGCAGGUAGCGCAGAGGGAGCUGGUGUUGACCCGGCGUCGAGGCAUAGAGUUGCGCUUCUACAAGGAAAAGAUGGAGAUCCUCAGCUUGGCUCUGAGUCAAACUUAUGUUCACCACACACCUGAGACACUCAGCCAGGAGCCAAGUCACACAUGCGAGCAGGAACACCUUCCUUUACACACAUUAUACAGCCGGGACACAGAAGUCCAGAUAACCUCACCCUGCAGUUCGUCACCAGCCCUCCAUAUAAACACAGAGCAAACAGUCUGUCAGAACUCUGGAACACAUGUGCCCUCCAACAGUCCCUCACCAUGCUCACAGCAGACUUUUGUGCCUUUAAAUAACUUUGAAUAGACUGAACCAGAAGCUCUGUGAAUGAGCUAAAGUCUGCCACUCGAAAUUAGAUUUUUGUGCCCUUUUUGCGAGAAUGGAGCAUUUCAAGCCUGGUCAUGGUCUUCAGGAUUGUGUAAUGAGUUCUGUAAUUCUGAGAGCUACAAACAUUGUGUAAACAUUAUUAACACUCUUGUGACUAUAGAACUAAGACCUAAAGAUGUGUGUGCUGUAUUUGCAAUCUCAAAUAAUACAGCAUUCAUAUGAUUUAAAUCAAUUAGCUGGAAAAGUAUUUGAACUGUAGCUGUAGCCUUCUCUCUGUUUUCUCUGAAGGACAUUCCACCUUACCGCCUUAGCUUUUGUUCAAUUACGUUGUCUUUUUAAGGGGUGUUUUAUAUACGUAAGGUCACUUAAAAUGCAUGUAUUUUAAAACUAUUUGAAUUAUUUAGCCUCACUGUUCUUCUCUCCAUCACUGUUGAGCAUGUCAUCUUGUGGAACAGUUUCAGACUUAUGGAGAUGACUCGUCAGGGCGAUUCAGUGUGCUGACUGACUGCGUGACAGGCUGGAUGACAGGCUGCAGGAUGCUUUGAAAAAGAGAGUCUGCUAUGAGUGUGACAUGAAUUUAAUUGAUAGUGUCAGAGAGCAGCUGGAUAUGAAAUACAGUCUGGUUUGUAUAUACUAAACAAGGAGAUCAGUAUAUGAUAGAAUAUGACUGAUUAAGUCAAUUACAGCUAUAAUUAUAAGAGCCAGCACUUACUAUGUGCUUCAUGUUAAAAUCCUUACCCAGAGCAUUCAGUUGUCUUUUGUAAAGGGAAAAUGUUCAUUAAAAUGUAUGUAAUAUACAUAUUGUAAAUACAUUUUUUUACAUUCAUAUGAACUCUGUUGGAAAUGGUAACAAACUUUUUGAAGUGUAAUCUGUUAUGUGUCUGAGAAGAUAUUAAUUCUAACUACUUCAAAUCAUGUCAAGUUUGGUUUUUACUGUAACUUCAGUUGUUUACAGUAGUACAAUGCACAGUGAAUGGUGCAACAUUUCUCUUGGGGAUUUAGGGGUUAUUUUUCUUCACCUUGGUUGAUAUCAGAAUGAACCACGACACCAGAUUGCAUAAU